AUGGACCAAGAAGAGCAAGAUCAUGAGGCCUUGGAGGAGAUACACAUGGGUGGUGAGCUAGGUCCCCUUCCAUACCACCUUGCAAGCACAGAUCAGCAGGACAUGUUGGCAGCAGGGUCCGGAGGAGGAGAGGAGCAGCUGGGGGACAGCCGUGGAAGUCAGUGUGAUUUCCCAGAGGUGCAGCAAGGUGACUGUGAGGAGGAAGAGGAGGUGAAGCUGCCUUGCUCUGGUGUGGCCCUGGUGAAAAGGCAGGCCAGGAGGGUGGGAGCAGCCUCCCGGCGAGUCCCUCGGGUAGAGCGACCCACCAUCUGCUCUGACUGCGGCAAGGGCUUCAGCCGGAGCAUCCACCUCGUCCAGCACCAGCGGAUGCACACCGGGGAGCGCCCGUUCCUCUGCGGGGAGUGCGGCAAGGGCUUCAGCCAGAGCUCCCAUCUCAUCCAGCACCGGCGGGUCCACACGGGCCAGAAGCCUUACACCUGUGCUGAGUGUGGGAAGAGCUUCAGCCAGAGCUCCAACCUCCUCAAGCACCAGCGCAUCCAUACGGGGCUCAAACCCUACGUGUGCAGCGAGUGCGGGAAGAUCUUCAGCGACAGCUCCACCUGCAUCAAGCACCAGCGCAUGCACACCGGCGAGCGGCCCUACAAGUGCCCAGCCUGCGGGAAGAGCUUCAGCCAGCAUUCCCACCUCCUCCAGCACCAGCGGGCCCACGACGGCAUCCGGCCUUACGCCUGCGGGCAGUGUGGCAAGCGUUUCGGGAAGAGCUCUGACCUCAUUAACCACGCCCGUACCCACACGGGUGAGAAGCCUUACAAAUGCAGCCAGUGCGGGCGGGGUUUCAGCGGGAACUCCAACCUGAUCAAGCACACCCGCAUCCACACCGGGGAGCAGCCGUACCAGUGCGCCCAGUGCGGGGAAAGCUUCCGGUUCCAGCCCCAGCUGGUGCGCCACCAGAAGCACCACACAGCGUAG